AUACUGUAUUUUAAACAUGGUUAUAUUUUACAUGCAAUUGUUGACCAUACCCUAAGAAUCAAUGGAAAAACAUUUCCAUUCCAACCCAGAUUGUCAGGCAUCAUUUUGGUCAAUUUAUUGGGGUCCUUAGUGGUCUUGCUCUGACAUUCUUGCUCUUGCAGUAUGUAAUGACUGUGGCUGUUAUCCAACACUGUCACACGGAUGAACUGUAAGAAGCCAGAAUAUCUAGAACAUUUGAUAUUUUUUUAACGAGUGGAGGGCAAGUGCCAGCGGGAGAAUGGCUCAAAUGUUGGGGCUUCUCUCGACGGCUGCUUUGCCUCUACGGAUCGCAGUGAGAGCAUGUGUACGCAGUGCAGUGUCAAGGAACUUCUCUGUGCUGCCCGGCUAUCGUGGCUCCACGGUCAGGAGGCUUGCUCAAAGUAAGUUAUUGUCACCUGAUGGAAUCUUUACAUCUCAUGGACUACAGUACUCCACUGAGCCGCCAAAAGAUGGUAAAGGGAAGGAAUCAGGUGGCAGUGGAGGCGGAGGGAAAAGAGGAGGAGGAGGGAAAGAUUGGUGGAGCCGCAUGCAGAAGGGUGACAUCCCAUGGGAUGAGAAAGACUUCCGUGCCCUGGCAGUGGUACUUGCUGGGAUAUCCUCUGCCACGCUCUACUAUCAAUUCAGAGACACUGGCAAGGAGAUCACUUGGAAGGACUUUGUCCAACGCUACCUUGGCAGAGGAAUGGUCGACCGUUUAGAGGUUGUCAACAAACAGUAUGUCCGAGUCAUUCUAGUACCAGGAGCAGAGGCUGAUGCGAGCUAUGUGUGGUUUAACAUCGGUAGUGUGGACACCUUCGAGAGGAACUUGGAGGCGGCUCAUCACGAGCUGGGCUUGGAGCCCUCUCAUCGGGCAGCUGUCAUGUACAACUCCGAGAGUGAUGGGUCAUUUAUGAUGAGCAUGAUCCCCACCUUGCUGUUGAUUGGUUUCCUGCUUUUCACCCUGCGGCGGGGACCAAUGGGAGGAGGCGCUGGGGGUGGAAGAGGUGGUCCCUUCAGCAUGAGCGAAUCAACAGCAAAAAUGAUGAAGGACAACAUCAACACCAAGUUCAAGGAUGUGGCCGGCUGUGAGGAGGCCAAGCUGGAGAUUCUGGAGUUUGUUAACUUCCUGAAGAACCCCCAGCAGUACCUGGACCUGGGGGCUAAGAUCCCAAAGGGUGCUGUGCUCUCUGGACCUCCAGGCACAGGCAAGACCCUGCUGGCCAAGGCCACAGCAGGAGAGGCCAACGUCCCCUUCAUCACUGUCAACGGCUCUGAGUUCCUGGAGAUGUUUGUGGGUGUUGGGCCUGCCAGGGUGAGAGACAUGUUUGCCAUGGCCCGGAAGAACGCCCCCUGUAUUCUGUUUAUAGAUGAGAUAGACGCCGUGGGUCGCAAGAGGGGCGGGGGAAAUUUUGGUGGCCAGAGCGAGCAGGAGAACACUCUCAACCAGCUGCUAGUGGAGAUGGAUGGAUUCAACACCAGCACUAACGUCGUCGUCCUGGCCGGCACCAACAGACCAGACAUCUUGGAUCCUGCACUCAUGAGGCCUGGCAGAUUUGACAGGCAGAUUUACAUAGGCCCACCUGACAUCAAAGGCAGGGCGUCCAUCUUCAAAGUGCACUUACGGCCCAUCAAACUGGACCCUGCUAUGGACAAAGACGGACUGGCCAGGAAGAUGGCUGCCGCCACACCAGGCUUCACAGGAGCCGACAUAGCUAACGUGUGUAACGAGUCUGCCCUCAUUGCUGCUAGACAUCUCAACCCACAUGUGGAAGGGAAACACUUUGAGCAGGCCAUCGACAGGGUCAUUGGAGGUCUUGAGAAGAAGACCCAGGUUCUGCAGCCCAAUGAGAAGAAGACUGUAGCGUACCAUGAGGCUGGCCACGCCAUAGUGGGUUGGUUCCUGCAACAUGCUGACCCACUGCUGAAGGUGUCCAUCAUCCCCAGAGGGAAGGGUUUGGGGUAUGCCCAGUACCUCCCCAAGGAGCAGUACUUGUACACGCGGGAGCAGCUGUUUGACAGGAUGUGUAUGAUGCUGGGAGGACGUGUGGCUGAACAUGUCUUCUUUGGGAAGAUCACCACUGGAGCCCAGGAUGACCUGAAGAAGGUCACCCAGUCAGCCUACGCACAGAUAGUGCAGUUUGGGAUGAGUGAGAAGGUAGGCCAGGUGUCUUUUGACCUUCCUCGGCAAGGGGAGAUGGUGAUGGAGAAGCCUUACAGCGAGGCCACUGCAGAGCUCAUAGACCAGGAGGUCAGAGACCUGGUGGACAGCGCCUACCAGAGGACCAUGGAGCUGAUUGUGGACAAGAGAGAGUGUGUGGACAUGGUGGGGAAGCGUCUCCUGGAGAAGGAGGUCCUGGGCAAGGCAGACAUGCUGGAGCUGCUGGGGCCACGGCCAUUUGAGGAAAAGUCAACCUAUGAGGAGUUUGUGGAGGGGACAGGCAGCUUUGAAGAGGACACCAGUCUGCCAGAGGGCCUGAAGGACUGGAACCAGGAGAGAGGGGACCUAGCUGAGGAGCUGGACACAGCCAAGGAGAAACAGGCUCAAUAGGCAGGACAAACGGUGACAGGCAACCUCUUAACCCAACCUCUGUCUUAGCACACACCAGUCAUGUAGCCUAGGCAGAGAGGAGGGUUGGGUGACUUAGCAUAGUACACUGCCCUCGGACAUAUUUAUCUGAGUGCAAAACAAACUUUCAAUCAGAAUGCAAAUCUUUCAAUGCCUUAUUAUUGGCUAUAUUGGAGGUGAGCCUCAUGGUACUCAAAGGCUAAUUUAAUGGACAGUGGACACAUUGUGUUUGAGAGAUUUGAUCUUUUUAUGAGUUGCAUGUUUUCUUUUUCUCCAUAUAAAUACGUUUGUCAACUGAGUCAUGUACAUUUGCCUCGUGUUUUGAUAUCUUCAGCUAUUUAUUUCAAUAAAAGGGGCUUCUUCCCAACUGUAUUUCUUUCCCUCCCUCAAAUGAAUGCUACAUUUCAAACCGUGUCGUUCAUCUCUAUAUACCAAUGACAUAAAGGUACUGGUUAUGAACAAUGUUAAUAUCCUAGUUCAUCAAAAUGCUACUGGCAGAAAGAUACACAUAUACUACCCUAGAUGUGUUGAAAUGUGCACUGCCUCUACCAUCUCCCAGCCUUGCACUGGUCAUUUGUGAUUAAGCCCUCACACUACAACUAUAUAGUGUGGUGUUAAGCCCAGUUUAUACCUGGUGCUAACAUGGUUCCUUUUCCUGAUCUUGUCUACAUUCUGAUUGUGCCUGUAUUUCCAGAAAUGUGUCUAUUAUCCAUCAACUGUUUCUGGAUUGUGACCAGAUGUCCUGUUCCUACUUUUAUGCAAAUGAUUUCACAGCUAUCCUUUCUAAAUAAUAUUUAUUGUAAGACUUAUUGAUGUACUCAGUCAAUGGUGCUACUUAGAGGGCAGAAUAAUUAUUUAAAUGGAUUCUCUGUCCAGAUCUGUCCACACUUGUAAGAUAUUCAGACACAAUGCGUGGGCAGGAUGAUCUGAUCACAAUGUGUCUUUUGAUUGUCUACAUGUGUCUAAAAAUGUGAGCACAAUCAGAAUGUGGACAAGAGCAGGACAAAGGACGCAAGUUAGAAUCAUGUAUAAACGGAGCUUUAGAUGUUCUGCUGCUCCAGUAAUCUGCUGCUGCUGAUGUACAGUAUCGCUAGUAGCAUACAUCCCUACAGAAUUGUAAACAAAUUAUUUUAUUGGGUGAUCUGUGUGAAUCAGGAAGUUGCUACCUCACAUUAAAGCAAUAUAUUCAACUAAAUUUCUCUCAUAGGUUUGUGAAAAUUGUCCCCCUAGAUAUUUCCAGUAUUCUGUAGUUCUGAUCACCACUGAAGAUGUCAAACAGUUUAGAAUUACUGAUGUAAUAACCUAUAAUACAUUUAGUUUAAAAUGUGUGUAGUUGGUAUUUUGGAUUGUGCACUGAUGGUAAGUCUGCCUGUUACUAUACAGUCAACCUCUUGUUCUCCAGUUACUGGGGAUGGACAGAAAGGGCUUUUCCAUUUGUAUUAAAAAGAAAAAGAUUCUGUGUAUGAAAGCAAUGGCUAUACUACAAUGUAUAAAACAUGUUUUUGUUUGAUAAAUAAAUGCAGUGGUGAAUUUC